AUGACUCGUCCGUGUGCGAUGUGCACUGUCAUAUAUGGUACAGCGAUGCAGCUCAACCUCACUACCGGUCCCGUCAGAAUACUCGACCGUUACCGCCGCACCUUUGUUCGCGCCACUGCGGGCGCGCGAGUGCUGUCCUCUGCCGACGUAGUAAACGCCCGUUUCGGGAUCCACUGUUCGGAUGCGGCCGGUUCCAUCAACAGCAACGCCGGCACUCAUAGCGCCCGUGGGAUGAGCCCUGCUACCACCAAUGGCCGAUGCCAAUCUGGGGAAGUAGGUCGCCAAGAAGGGGCGGAGGGUAGGCAGGCAGGCGCAAGUGAUAGCCGAGGUCAGCUCGCCAACGGACCAGAGGGAGGACGUGACGUUUUCCCAGGGGAAGUCUUCGUGCAGUUGAAGAUAUUUGAUCCGGAUCAUGGAGAUGAUGACGGUGCUGCCGCAGAGGGUCGACUUGGUUCACAAAGAAAAGGGUUUAAAAAGGGGGUGCGGAAGAGAGACUCACAAGAACCCCAAGCUGAAAAUGCCAAUCAGCACAUACUUCUGACCUUUGGCCAGCUUCAACUUCCACAUAGCCGGCAAAGGCAGCGCAAAAACAGCCACAUCCGUCACGAUAUUGCCCGCGGCAUUGAUGUACCAUUGAGGUAUGUUUGGAAUACACGUGGCACCUUCGAUAUCGGGCACCCCGAGCCAAAACGCGCGGAUGGGAGUGCAGAUGAAGAUGCCCACCAGGAUUUGGGAGAGGGCCCAGCCCCCGACGAUGAAAAUGGCGACGAGAUAAACGAUGCGCAUAUGCUGGACAGCCAGAACGCGGUAGUAUUGGAAGAGAAACGUGAGCUUGAGGAAGAGGAGGGCGCAGCAGUACAUCACGAUGGAAACGUAAAAGUCUCGAAGGUACAGGGGAAUAUCGUUCUGUUUCAUGACCGAGAUGUGCCUUCCCAGACCAAAGGUUGUCAUGUGGCCGAUGGCGAUGGCUGA